AUGCUGUCAGAAGGCUAUCUCAGUGGACUUGCGUACUGGAAUGACAUCCAGUGGAAUUAUCCAUCUUCUAAUGAGCAAGUGGCUGAGGAAAAGGAAGAGGAGAUGGAAGCCACAGCAGCUGCCAGUCUUUCCUAUUCCUCCGUGGAUGAAACACAAGUCCAAAAUCUCUAUGUGAGCUGCAAAUCCUCUGGCAAGAUCAUUUCUUCAGUGUAUUCAAAAGAGAGCCAACAUAGUAGAAAUCCGAGAAUCACGGUGCUGCAAACAAACCCCAAUCCUGUGUAUGAAAGCCCAAACUUGGCCGCAGUUGAACUAUACAGAGACACCAGCAAAGAGACCUACUUGGUCCCACCUUCCUGCAAGAGUAUCUGCAAGAAUUACAAUGACUUACAGAUUGCAGGGGGCCAGGUGAUGGCCAUUAAUUCAGUGACAACAGAUUUCCCCUCUGAGGGCAGUUUUCAAUAUGGUCCUUUGCUGAAAUCAUCUGAGAUUCCUUUGUCCAUGGAGGAUUCCAUGUCCACCCAGCCCAGCGACUUGCCACCCACCCCUAUCCAGCGGUAUUCAUCCUACUGGAGAAUAACCAGCAUCAAAGAGAAAAACAGCCUGCAAAUGCAGAAGCCUAUUUCCAAUGCGGUACUGAAUGAAUACCUGGAGCAGAAGCUGGUGGAGUUGUAUAAGCAGUACUUUAUGGACACUGGGUUUCAUGACAGUUCACCUACCCAGAUUCUGGCAUCUGAACUCAUCAUGACAAACGUGGACCAAAUCAGUAUUCAAGUCUCUAUAGAGAAGAACCUGGAGAUCUCAAAAGCCAGGGAUAUUGUCAUUAACCGCCUAUUACAGUAUGGGUCAACUGAAAUCAGCACACCGAGUCUCCAUAUUUCUCAGUAUAGCAACGUGAAUCCAUAG